CUCGGGCGCUCCGUGCCGGCGGAACGCGGCGAGGGAGCGGCGGACGCGCCCGGACGGCGGCCGGCAGCGGGCGGGGCGGGGCGGGUUCCCCCGGCGGCGAGGCCGCGCUUCCGGCGAGCGGCGGUGACAGGCGGGCGGCGGCAGCGGCAGUCUGUGUUCUAGACACUGCAAAGUAAACUGUGAUAUUUGGGGACCAUGGCUACAGACCCACUCUCGGAGCUUCAGGAUGACCUGAACUUGGAUGAUACCAACGAGUCCCUCAGUCAGCUCAAACUGGCCUCCAUAGAUGAUAAGAACUGGCCAGCAGAUGAAGUCCCUGCUUUUCCCAAAUCGGAUGACUCCAAAGGCUCCCCUGAGCCUGUCACUCACCUGCAGUGGAAUGAUCCCUACUAUGAUAUCGCCAGGCACCACAUUGUGGAAGUAGCAGGUGAUGACAAAUAUGGAAGAAAAGUCAUUUUGUUCAGUGCCUGCCGGAUGCCCCCAAGUCAUCAGUUAGAUCAUGUGAAACUGCUGGGGUACCUGAAAUUCACACUGGACCAGUAUGUGGAGAGUGAUUACACUCUGGUGUACCUGCACCAUGGCCUGACCAGUGAGAACAAGCCAUCCCUGAGCUGGUUGCGGGAUGCCUACAGGGAAUUCGAUCGCAAGUACAAGAAGAACAUCAAAGCCUUGUAUAUUGUGCACCCAACCAUGUUCAUCAAGACCUUGCUGAUACUCUUCAAGCCUCUGAUUAGCUUUAAAUUUGGACGGAAGAUUUUUUAUGUGAAUUACCUUAGUGAGCUGGAGGAGUAUGUGAAGCUGGAACAGUUGGGGAUCCCAAGCCAAGUGCUGAAGUAUGAUGAAUACCUGAGAUCCCUGCAGAAACCUUUGCCCCAGAAGCCAACACCUCCACGCCCACCACUGCCAAACCAGCAGUUUGGAGUCUCCCUACAGCAUCUCAGGGAGAAGAGCCCUGAUCAGUCUGCUGUUCCUCUGGUGGUCAGAGACACCAUUGCUCACUUGCUUGAGCAUGCUCUUAAUACAGAGGGGAUUUUCCGGAGAUCAGCAAAUACACAGGUUGUCAGAGAGGUCCAGCAAAAAUACAAUAUGGGCGUGCCCGUAGAUUUCCAGGAGUAUGAAGAUGUCCACCUCCCUGCUGUGAUUCUCAAGACCUUCUUGAGGGAGCUACCUGAGCCCCUCCUCACUUUUGGCCUCUACAGCCAUGUUGUCAGUUUCCAGAGUGUGGAGGAGGUGAAACGUGUGGAUAUUGUCCGCAAAACACUCCAGGAUUUGCCAGAAGAAAACUACCAAGUGCUCCGUUUACUGACAGCCUUUCUGGUGCAGGUCUCUGCUCACAGUGACAGAAACAAGAUGACAAACACCAACCUGGCAGUUGUGUUUGGCCCAAAUCUGCUCUGGGCCAAAGAUGUGGCCAUCACUCUAAAAGCCAUCAAUCCCAUCAAUACCUUUACCAAAUUCCUGCUGGACCACCAGAAGGAGCUGUUUGAGGCUGCGGAGGCCUGAAUCCAGGCCAGCCCACACCUGCACACUGUGCCCACCUUCCCCCUUCUUUGUCUUGGAGCUGUGACCAAGCUGUCUCCAGUACAAAGGGACCAUUGAUCUUCUGGGUGAUGAGCAGAGUGAGGGCUGUGGAGAUGAUGGUGAAAGUGUGCAAGUAAGUGAGCAGGAGACCUGCAGCUCUGGAUGGGCAGGGGAGCUGGUCUCCCAGCUGCUGAGACUGGAGUCCUAACCCACCUGUGCAGCUCCUCCAGGGCUCAUCACCAGUCUUCUGCCCUAUCAGAUGACCUGCCUUUCUUUCCUCCCUCCCUUACGUGCCGUUUUUCUGCCCUCCUGGUCCCUUCCUCAGCACAGAUCUUUUUGUUCGAGCUCCCAGUAGCCCCAGCUCACCCCUCCUUGCCUCUACUGGGCUGUCUGGGCUAGGGCAGACUUGCUGGUUUUUGUGGUGGAGACAUUCUUACUGUGAGUGCCGUUUCUCAGCACUGAACAUGCAUCCUGCCUUUCCCCAGGGGCACCUAAAGCAGGGAAAGGAGCAGCAGCCCUUGUGCUUCAGGUAGCAGCAUGUCCUGCAUUUGCAAACACCACUCUAGACCCCCUGCUUCUGGCAGGCAUGUGAAGGACAGGCUCAUGGCAGUGGGCUAUUAGCUGUCAGACUCCAAAACAAUGAAGGUGAGUUUAGCCCAAAGCCCAGCCCCUUUGGGGUCACCUACUCCAGGUACUAUUCAGUGUUUGCUGGACUGUAGUGGGUGACUUGCCUCCUGUAGUUAUCUAGCUCAGGUGUGUUUGUCCCUCCAGCAGCACUUCCAGCCUGGCUGGGAAGGUUCAUGCCAGGCCUGGCUGUGCAUGCAGGCCAGCUGUGACCCUUUGACAGCUGGUGAGUCUGAAUGGCAGGAGUGAGUGCCUUGGUGGCACUGAGCUGCUGAACACCAUGAGGAUCACCAUCUGUCCUGGCAGCAGCACAGAAGGGCCUCCUCUUCUGGCAUAUGUAUCUGUGCGGACUGGCACAGACCACCUUGACUAGUUAGUUGUCUUUUUGAGCACAACUUUCCUCAGCACAGUGUAACAGAGCAUGGCCUUGAGGGAAGGUCUGGGGACUGGGGCUAACCCUCACCAUGGAGUGCACAGUGCCUGGGUUACAAAUUUCUGCCCAGGUGCUGAGUACUCAUGUGCCAAAGCUGUGAGGUUACAGCCAUUCCAUGUCAAGGGCCUUUGCCGUGUCUCCUCCGGGGUUCAUAUCUUCCACCCUGCCACCUGGUCAGAUGCAUCCUGUAUGCCCUGGGCACAGCUGGAGAGAUUGUGUUCUCUGCAAGGCAGGCUCAGAGUGGGGUGGUCCUGGCACCUCCCUGGAGCAGCUGCGAUACUGUUACAGCAUCUCUUUUGGGUUUGGGUUGCCUCAUUCCCAUUACCUGAACUGAAAGAGAUCCUUCUCCUCAGCCCGGGCCUGUCAGGGUUUUAGGAGGGAGCUUCUAGCCUUACUUCACUGGUGUGAUUUAUCUUUGUAUCUUGUGCCCUGUGUGCCUGGGCCAGACCUCCCUGCUGCAUCUGGCCUCAGGGAAAAAUCUUUUGGACCAAGCAGAACUGUUUUUUUAAAAGCUACUGGAUGCUAAAUAGAAUUUGCUUUUUCAUAAUAUUUUAACCUGCCUUUAAACACUGACCAAGGGUCGGUGCCCUGGUGUAAUCAAAGUAAGUGGCAUCUGCUGCAGGAAUUAAGGAGACUGCUUUUUGCUAAACUCUGGAAUGGGGAUGGGUGCAAACAUAGGGAGCUCUGCAGGGCAGCUAGGUCCAGCCAGCUGGCUUGGAGGAGGCACACCCACAUGUGGGUGGGAACAGUGAACAAGAAAGUGAGCAUUACUAAGACUGGAGCAAGAGAUGUUGUAAGACAGGACUGGAUCUGAUCCUUUCUAGAUACUGGGAGACUUUGCCCUAUGGAGGCUACCAGGCUGCUGACUUCUUCAUCUCCUUCCAAGAGUAGGAGCCUUCCUUGUUUGGCCAAGAUAUGAAUUGUUUCAUCCUGAACAAUUCACAGCAGUAACUAAAUACAUGUUUUUUGAGGGAGAAGUAAUCUGCUCCUAAUUCAUCUGUAAUCUCUUCUAGAAUGAGUUAGCAGGGCAGAUGGGCUGUGGAGGAGUAAUCUGGGGUGGACUAGUGUGGAGAGAGGUGUACUUGCCCCAGUGUUUAAGGAGCAAGGCUAAGCGAAGUGCAGCCCCUCUUUCCCUGCAGGUGCCCUGCUCUGUGGAGGCUUUGGUAGGGGGAGAAGGAGACUUGGUGCUCUGACUGUAUCUGCAGCUGACACUGGCUUCUCCUUCAUUUCCCUAGAGGAAAGGCAAGCCCAGCUAACCUCUGGGACAAACGCCGAAGCUUGGCAACCUGGAAUCCAAGUGCCUGCGUGCAUGAGGCCUGGCCCUACGCACUCUCUGGGGAAGUUGGCAUGUUCUGGCCUUGCAGAGCAGCAAGGACUGUUCCCUGCCCAGUAGCCAGAGGAGCAGAGCUGGAGUAGUUCCUCUCCAGGGGGAAAGUGGGGAAUACUGCAAGUGUCUGAGUUCUGGCUGGAGUUUGAUGGUUUAUUUUAGGGGUUUUUUAUGGGAUUUAGGUUUUGGUUUGUUUUUUUUUUUUAGUGAAUUCUUGAAAUUAUGUUUCCCUUUUUAGCAAAAUAGAGGCUGGUUCAUCCCCUGCAGGCAGGGAUAAAAGCCUGCUCCAGUUCAGUGCCUGCAGGGAGCAGAUUCAGAGUGUUGAGGGAACUACUACUGCUCAUGGUGGGAAAGUGCUUGCAAAUCCUGGAAGGGACCCACUGUAAAUAUCCCCUUUCCUCUACUGCUCCUUGUGCUGGAGCUGCUGAGGGCCCUGGAGCAGGCACAGUAACCAGGGUUGCUUUUGCAGUCUAUUCUCCUGAAUGCCUUGUAUUGAAAUACUCCUCCUAUGAUCUGAGCAAGGAACUGGCCUGGGCCUGUCUGCAGCCUGUGUCAGGUGGGUGGUCACCAGAGGCUGCACUUGCCAAGGCCAGGAGGUUAAAUUCCCUCCUCACAUGGGCAGGGUCCUGGCUGGGCUGGGUUUCUCUGCCUCAUAGAGGUUGGGGGUGGUAUACAGUUAAGGUGCUGCUCUUGUGUUGGUUUUCUCCUUGCUGUAGAGCUGCCCAAGGGUCUCUUCCCUGGCUUACCUUUCAGGUUAGCUAUUAGCCAUUUCUUCCUGGGGGGGUACCUGUUCUGCACCAACCUCCUGCUUUUAGUACCUAGAACAUUCCCCUCUGCUAGCCAAGCCUCCUGCUGUCUUAAUGGCCUCUGUUCACUCCCUGGCCCAAGCUGUGAACUGACACCAGAACUUUUGGGUGAUGCAGGGGUUCUGGGGCCAUCCAGAUGCCUUGUGUGCUAACACAAGAGAGCUGAGGGCCAGUUUGGUCCCAGUUUCCUUUUAUAUGCACAGGGGCUCCUGUGCAAAAAUUUCAGCUUUGCUUUUAUUGCUGGCAUUCCCUGCCUUCUUCUUUGUUCAUGUUCAUGAGGUGCAGGCCUGGGUUUUCACGGUUCACACUGUUUUUCUUUUAAUCUGCACCGAUCUUGUAUUUCACAGUUUGCACUUUUUGUAUUUCAAUAAAAAUGAAAAUGUAAUCUCAGAUUACAUUGGUAUGAUGUAUGAUUUGUAUGAUGAUGACAGGUAUGUUGGUCAAGUGGCAGCAGCAGUGGCACAUCUACAAAAAACAAGUAAGGCUAUCUAUGCUGCAAACCACAACCAUGCUGCAAGGGAGGAAAGAAAGUAUGAAAUGCCUCCUAUGUGAGUAACUCCGAAGAAAUACUAGUUUGCAGGAGCCUUGGGCUGGAAAUAGAGUUUAAAAAGUUGUAUGUAUUUGGCUCUUUCCUGAAGAGGGCUAUUCUUCCACAUUAUCAUCUUCCUGUCAUGAUGAACAGUCUGCCUAGGACUGCCCAAGGGUGCCAAGUGGGAGCCACUUUAGGAUUAGUUAGCCAAGUUUAUCCUGUGGGCAGGUGAUACACAGAAGACGCCUGCACCUUCUCAUUUCAGUGUAUGUGGAUUGCCAACUGGUCUGGUUAGGACCACCACACUCCCCUUGAUCCAUAUUCAGUUCAUUACCUUUUCCUAAAGACUGCAAUUUGCCUGUUACAUCAGUAAGCUUUUUGACUAGGAUGCAAGAAUUAGGAGUAGAAUGGAGAGCACUGGAGCUAAAACCAUCAGCACUGGGCAGCAGCCUGACUGCUGGGCUGUCAGCAAUGAUGUGGCAGGGUGUGUUAAUGCUGAUGUCAACACUUGCAUGUCUAAACAGUGUGCUGCUUGUCAGUUCUUACUGUUCAUAAACUGUCCAGUUAAGGGCUUCCCAGUUGCCAGUUCCCCUUCUGCAUGUUGACAUGGCCCCUAUAAUGGGGUCAGCAUGGUUAACAUGCCAACUAUACAGCAAGAUCUAUCAAACCUCAUCUCAGUGUAGCAGCUGGUCAUGGCUCUGGGCUUUGUCACAUUGACCUGCCUGGCACUGUGUUGUAGCAACAUCAACUCAGAGGAGCUGGAGAGCAGGCGCAUCUGUCCCUGACAGGGAGCUGGCAUUGGAAGGACCUAUGUUAUGUGCAGCCAUGGGCAGUGCUGAACACAGUGUGAACACCAUUGCAACUGGCCCGAUAGCUUUAUGGACACUGUUUGGAGAACAUUAUUUAUAAAUACAUACAGUAGGCUCACAAGGUAAUGUAAUUUAAUUGUUCAUGACCUUGGUGAUGAAUCAUACUUCUGUGAUUGUUCACUUUCUCGCUUAUUUGCUGAUGGCUUUUCCAGUCCCUUGUCUUACUGGUGACACGGUGUAAAUGGUGGAUACUGAAAGCCCUGUAGGAAGCCCCAGAUUCCACAGGAUGGUUUUUGUGAGUUUUGAAACUGUACCAUAUAAUUUUUAAGUUCAUGAAAUAACACUCAUAAAUACACACAUAUACAUGCAUAUAACGUAGACAGAGACAAGUUGAUGUCCAUAAGAUUGCAGUGAGAUGCUCAGUUUACUGUGUUACCUUCUGAACAUGUGAUAAAAGCAAUCUCUCUUAAUUAGUUAUCCUUGUAUCCCAAGCUGGAAUAUUCCCUUCAUAGAAGCUUCUAAUACACAGUUAUUUUUCUUUUUUUUUCUCCCCAUUCCUGCCACUUUAUCCACUGUAUAUUUUUUAUAAUAACCAGACACCCUUUACACUGUACACAGAUUUUUAUAAUCUUGUCUUUCCAUUAAAGGGAAGGUGUUAGCACCAUACCUGGCAUUGUGUGUUAUACAGGGUUAACUUUCAUCAAUACUAGAAUAGAGCUGUUGAGUGGUUAUUCUUUCCACAUUAUAUUAGUCUCUGCUAUCCCUCCUGUCAACUCAAAACAGUCCUAUGCUUCUUUAUAGCAUGUAGUAGCAACCCUGUACAAUGCAAAUUCUGUGGGUAUAUUUUUUUCCCCUUUUCCCACCCCUUUCUUUUGGAAAUGAGUUAAUAUUUCAGUUUCCCAAUUUGCUGGUGAGGGCAGCAGGAUCAAACACUGUAUGACACCUGUUCCUCCCACCUCCAGGCAUCUGUUCUGUCUGCCCCUUGCUGUCCUUCCAGUAGGUUGAUCUCCAUAGGAUCCCACUGACUGCCCCAACUAUAAUGCACCAGUCCAUUUUGCCCUCUCUGAUGGAGGCAGCAACUUGUUUUGUCCCACAUUCACUGACAGGCCCCUAACCCUCCUGUUUCCUGGAGGAAAACAAGUAUGAGCCUGGGACUGUCCCAGACCUGUUGGUACACACAGGAAAAUGCAGUGUUGCUUACAUAAAAGUUUUAUUGGAAAUUCUUUGAAUACUUGAAGUACACUGGAGACUUUCCAAAACAAUACACUUGAGGAGCCUUCCCCUCCACCCAAAGUAUCUGUAAAUCAGCAGCUACAUACUUAAUGUCCUUAAUAUUGAGUUGAGCAGAGCUGCUAAAAUAAACAGCCUUCAUAACACAAUCUGUGGCAGGCCACAGCAGCUAGAUCUUUACUGAAGCAGAACAUUUGUGCAGUGGCCAGGGAACUCAGAGCCUAGAUGUAGCAACUGUGUAUUGAAAUUGAGGACUGUUCAGACUAGAGGCAGGUAAACUCAGCCCUGGAGAAUCUUAUUGCUAUGGCCAUCCAGCUCAACACUAGCAGCUUAAAUAGGCAAUUUUCCAGCCUUUUGAAGAGAAGAAAAUGUGCUACAGUGCCAUUCUGCCUUAUGAGCUGUGAGAGCUGUAGCCAUGUUAGGAACUCCAUCAAUAAAAGAGCACAAGUACAAGCCCUGACCUCCUGGGUGGGAUUAACAAGAAUGGCAGUGCUUCAUGCCAGCUCCACAACUCAUCAGCAGAAGAGCACAGCAGGAGUGCUGGCUAGAGGAAGUUUAACCUCAAUUUUUUUCUAUUCAUAUGGUGUGAACCAGCACUUCACCUCAUCUCUGCUGCUCUGCAGCCCAGAAAGUGUGACUUUUAAGUGACUAAAGGUGACAACCACCUAUCUAUCAGCUACUUCCUACAAAGUGGUGGACCAACUUCCUGAAAACAGGUGAGAGGCAAUUGAUCCAUUAAUUCCUUGUGUUCCUGCACCCUUCUGCGACCCUUUCCACCUGUGAAACAAGGUGGCUCUUGGAUGGGGAUCAAGUAUUUGUUUCAGCCCAUCUUACUAGAGCUGUGUUACAAACUUUCAUCUUGGAAGCUUGCUUAAAUGUUUGUGCAUCUUACUUUGCACGGACAAAGCAUUUCCAUGUGAAGUUGCUAAAAAGUUGAAUUGGUUGAGUAAAAUAAAAAGGUUCUGGUGGGCAACUUUCCUUCAAUGAAGCUCUUACCUGGAGUUUUAGAACUUAAAAGGCUUCCCACCAAACACAUCUC